AGAAACUCAAUUAUGGCGCCACUUGAGGUUAUAGGAGCAGCCUACAGUCGUACUGGGACUGAUAGUCUGCGCACUGCACUUAACAUGCUUGGAUAUAAGACGCAUCAUAUGCGUGCCAUGUUUGAAGGAAAUGGUCACCCUGAACUCUUUGCGCAAGCGUACGACAAUCCAGAAAAGCCUGCAGAUUGGGAUCGGAUGUAUGAAGGCUGGGAAGCCGCUGUAGAUUGUCCAACCGUUUGUUUUAUUCGCCCGUUGAUAGCAGCUUAUCCGGAUGCCAAGGUCAUCCUCAUUGAGCGGGAUGCAGAUAGCUGGUACGACUCGGUCAAAAACUCCAUCUACAAGUUGAGCACAGUGGACGAGGAGGAGUACGACGACUAUGGCCGUUGCUUACAGCGCAUGACCAAGAAGAUUUGGAUGGAUGGCGUGUUUGAGAACGGCGAGUUUAUUGCGAACCCCGAUGCAGUAAAGGCAAAGUAUAAGGCGCACAACGCCUGGGUGAAAGAAUAUGUGCCACAGGAACGGUUGUUGACCUUGAACCUAAACGAAGGCAUUGGAUGGGAAAAAAUCUGUGAAUUCUUGGGAAAACCUGUGCCUGACGAGCCGUAUCCGAGAAUCAAUUCAACCACACAGCUCAAUGAAGAGCUUCCACAGCUAAUUGAUCAAUUGAAACCUCAAUAAAUUGGAAAAGGAAGCACUCUACGAAUGUCUGUUCUUUAAUAGGUAGUCAAUGUGUACUACAUUCGUAAUAUUGCAUAUUACACACUUGGUGUCUGCUACUGAUAAAC